GGCCGCACCUGCCUAUUUCUGCCCGGCCACAGCCGGCCCGGCACAGUUGAGCAGCUGUUCGCCUGCAGUUAAUUUCCAGAGGCAGGAGUCCCCAGGGCUGGCCAGGGAAUGAACCGCGAGGGGGCUCCCGGGAAGAGUCCGGAGGACGUGUACAUUCAGCAGAAGGUCCGGGUGCUGCUCAUGCUGAGGAAGAUGGGAUCAAAUCUGACGGCCAGCGAGGAGGAGUUUCUGCGCACCUACGCGGGCGUAGUCAACAGCCAGCUCAGCCAGCUGCCCCAGCACUCCAUCGACCAGGGUGCAGAGGAUGUGGUGAUGGCGUUUUCCAGGUCGGAGACGGAGGACCGGAGGCAGUAGCUGUGAACCCCUUGGAACACCCUGGAAGCUGGCAAGGGCCAAGAGAUCUGUGUGGACCUCGGCCAGCCGGCCAGCCGAGUGGCCGCAGAUCGCCUUCCCGCUUCCCCCGCCCCUAUACCCUCCCCCACCCCGCUUCAGGGUCACUCAGCAGGGCUGGCAUGGAAGGCGUCACCGGUGGGGCAGUUACAAUUGGCUUAAAGGGACGGACUCAUGAUUGGCGGCAGGAAGAAACCCUUUAAUUUUUAAAUCUUGACCAACAGAAACCUUUUAUUUUUAUUUCUGACUUUUUUUUUUUUUUUUUAAUUUGCUCCUCGGUAUGUGGCUUCCCAGGAAGCGCUCCGAGAUCUGGUGCUUUAUUUAGGUCACUUUUUAGGAAUGUGAAGAGCCCCGAUUGGCUGCUUAAACUGGAAAAGGAUUUUGAUUGGCCGGCUCGUGGGAAACGGUUUUUUUUUUUCUGUGAUUGGCUGCAGGUGUUCUGAUAGCAACAGCUUCUCUCUUUUGAAUGCUGAAAACAGGGUUUGGGACAUUGGUUGUUAUAUUUGACUUGAAAAGAAAAAAAAAAAGAAAAAGAAAGAAACCAAGUGCGCUUUGCAAUAUUUAUUACACAAAGAGCUUGCUGCUGCUUUCACGUGUUUUGUUUGUGUUUGCAUUUGAUUUGUUCUUGAUACGUGUGUUUGGUCUCUCAUUGGCUCCUCCGUGACUCCCGUUUCCGGGGGCGCCCCCCACUCUGCUGGCGGGCCGGUGCCUCUCCAGUCCGGGGUCCACCCGGAGAGUGCAUUUGCUCUAACGCACACACCCGGCUCCCCUGGCAAGGGGGACCGCCAAGACCCCAUGCAGGGUCUGCAGCUGGAAGAGAGGGUCCCCGAGGAGGUUUGUGCUGUCCUUCCGGAGCAGACCCGAGCUGAGAGGUGACCAUUAGCCAGGAUUUGUGUUCCUUACUUCCUUGCGUUGGCACCCAGCCAGCUCCCCUGGGGGGCGGGGGGGUGGGUGGCUCAGCGUCUGGCUGGACCUCUCAGGCCUGUCCCUGCUGUGAGAGGAGGGUGGGUGGCUCUGACCUUUCAGCGGUUCCCUCAGUAUCUACUUCCUGAGGCCUCAUGGGGGCGGAGAAGGGGGGGCUCUUCCUAUAAAGGGCAGAAGCGGCUCCCGGCUGCGAGACCCCACCGUGGAGCAGAGGUCUCUGCCUGGGAGCCCGGAACCCCCACGAAGGCCCCAGCCUGGCUCACAAAGCCGCGGAGGCCUUCGGGCCCCCCACACUCAGGCCGGACCUUCGCCAGCCAGGCUCCCCGGGUGCCGGGCAGUAGGUCCUGGGCUGCGUUCAGCGUCCUCAUGUCCGUCGGAAGGGUCCCUCCCUCCCCGUGUCAGCCUGGAACGGACAUUGUUAGCUGACCGGUGGCCGGGCCUUCCCGGAGCGGCUCCGCCAGGCCGGCGCUCAGCCCAGGUCCCCAGAGUCACACCACAGAGCGGCCGGAUUUGAAAGGGCCCUGGCGCCCGGGUCUUCCCGCCUGCUCCUUCCCCGGGGGGGGGGGGGGGGUGGCCUGCCCUUCUCCGGGUCCCUCACCCGAGUGGAGUCCAGGUGCGGAGGUGGAGAAAGAGGCAGACCGCAGGCCCGGGAGCCUGGACCCUGCCCCCGAGGCGCUGUGGCUGAGGCCCCCGUGUUGCCCCAGGGACCCAGAGUCAGGAGAAGGUUCUCAGAGCCCAGUGGCCCCCUUUCUCAGGCCUGGGGCUGUCAGCGCUGCCCUGGGACCACGUGGGCGGUUCCUGCUGUGCCCUGAGCCCCAGAAGGACACACAGGGGCCUGGUUAGCUGGCCUGGUGAGGUUAACCUUCCGAGAGCGGGGAUCCCCAGGGAACGGGCGCUAUGGAGACCCCAGCAGGGGCCCGAGAGCAUCUUCCUUCGGGAGAGGCAGCCAGUGCGGGUGUGUGCGCGUGCACGCACAAACCCAGCCCCCUCAGUGUCCUGCCGCCCCUCCAGCUGAGCCCCUGGGGAAACCUCAGCUUUUCCGCCCACCCCGCCCCGGGUCAUGACAUCUGUCACCAGGCGCCAGUACCGUGUUGCCAUGUGCCCUCUCUCUGUGCACCUGUAGGUCCCACAAAGGGUCUGUGUCCGGGCCAGUGGUGUGCUCUCUGCCCCAGCCUGUCCUUGUCAAGGCCACGGGGCCUCCCUCUUGUGACAGCAAUGGCCCUGAUCUGUCUUGUCAACUGAACGAGAAAAGUGAAGGUGUUUGUGUGGCUCCGUGUUUCAACUAAAAAUAUAUCUGUUGGAGAAAAUAAAAUUAACAAUAAAGAUUUUUAAUAGCU